GCAUAGCCGUUUCUCCUGCUACAGAGCACUCUAGCCUCGAGCAGCAUCUCGCUCCGAGCGAGAAGGUACCGACAUGAGUCAAAAUUACGUCCAUAGAGUGACUCUCUUCAAGAUACCGAAAGUCGAGGACCAGGAAGCGCUACUGGCGAAGUAUAAAGUCGCACAGAAAGAGGCCUUGAAAAAUGGGAAACCAUACAUCGUGGCGGUCGAUGCCGGGCAGACAAAAGAGGAUGCCCGCAAUCAGGGUUAUACCGUGUGCGCCAAGUCCACUUUCGCGAGCAUGGAGGACUUCGAGUAUUACGACAAAACUUGCGAAGCACACAAGAAGAUCCGGGCCUUUGCAGCUUCGGUUAACCAGGGAUCCAUGAUGGUGUUCUUCCGGUCUGUGGUACUUCCCGAGGCGGCAUAG